CAUUUAAAUUGAGCCGCAGGACGUCAGCUGCUGUUGCACUCAGCGCGGUGCCCGUGGCAGAAAAUAACCCGUAGCGCCAGCGAAACAGGUUGCGCUUAUUUUCGACUUCCAAAACGACAGAAAUAAUAGGUGACCCCGAGGAGGUUCGGGUUGUUUUUGUUGGCAACCGAGCGGGAGCAGCUGAACAAUAACGGCGGUUGCGCUCUGACAGCAGCUCGGUGCAUCAUUUUUGGGAUUCCUCUGCUAGCCUGGACGAAAUUGAAUAGCGGUAACGUGAUGUGCAUGACCAGAAUGAUUUAGGCUUUUCUGGGCAGUGUUUGUUCACUGCAAUAGAUCGGUCAACAAAAUCAAACUCAUUGAACGUAGUGUUGUUGUUUUUUUGUUGUUUUUUUUUUCCGGCCCAGCAGCAUAAGCGGCCUGGACUGAGGAGGACCGAUGGGCUCGAUGAUGAGAGUGCAUUUGAAGGGUUAGGUUUAAAUUCUGAUAAAUAGAUACUUUUUGGAUUUUUUUUUUCUUUUUAAGUUGCACACGCUGCCAGACACAAAAUCUAAAAAUAUCCUCACUGGGCUGAAUAGGCCAAACCUUAUAUUACCAUCAAGAUCAACAACACUCACCAACCAUUUAGGGUAGCAGGACAGACAGAGACUGACUUUAACUGUUACUUCAUCGAUAAUUGUUUCUCUCCGAGACAGAUGUGAGAUAAAAUAUCUCUGUCUCUAUAAUUUUGUAAACAUUUUUUAUUACAAAACAGACUGUGAAAAAAUAUUUUCUUUUUUUUUUCUUUUUUUUUUUUAAAUUCCAGAAAAUAUAACCUGGAGAAAACAAUCUUACUUUUUUCAUUGUGCGUAUACCAAUAACCAAUUUUGUUUAGAUUUGAAGGUGGACCUUAAGUUAUUCGUUUUUGAAUUAGGUUAGAUCAUAGCUUCAUCUGACUUUUUGAAACAGAGUUUUAAUGUGGAGCUGUUCUUGUCUCAUAUGUGGGAGAACCUCACUUUCAGGUUGACAUUAAGACAAUACCCAAUCCCUCGAGGGCAUAAAAAUUUAUAGAAAACAACAACAACAACAGAUCAACAAACAGCAUCUUUGACUAGGAGUACAUAUUGGCGGCUUUACUAGUCCAAUAAUAAGCAACCAUGUUCAGCUGGCUUGGAACCGAUGACAGGAGGAAGAAGGAGCCAGAGGUUUUUCAGACUGUCAGUGAAGGACUGAAGAAGCUUUACAAAACCAAACUCAUGCCACUGGAGGAAAGCUACAAGUUCCACGAGUUCCACUCCCCGGCUCUGGAGGAUGCUGACUUUGACAACAAGCCCAUGGUCUUACUGGUGGGACAGUACUCCACUGGCAAAACAAGCUUCAUACGCUACCUGUUGGAGCAGGAUUUUCCUGGAAUGCGGAUCGGCCCUGAACCCACCACGGAUUCCUUCAUCGCGGUGAUGCACGGCGACACAGAAGGAGUCGUUCCCGGAAACGCUUUGGUGGUUGACCCCAAGAAGCCCUUUAGAAAGCUGAAUGCCUUUGGAAACGCAUUUCUCAACAGGUUUGUGUGUGCCCAGCUGCCUAACCCAGUGCUGGAGAGCAUCAGUGUGAUCGACACACCAGGGAUUCUGUCUGGAGAGAAACAGAGAAUUAGUCGAGGUUAUGACUUUGCAGCUGUCCUGGAGUGGUUUGCAGAGAGAGUGGACCGGAUCAUAUUACUGUUUGACGCCCACAAACUGGACAUCUCUGAUGAGUUCUCAGAGGUGAUAAAGGCCUUGAAGAACCAUGAAGACAAGAUCAGGGUUGUGCUGAACAAAGCUGACCAGAUAGAGACCCAGCAGUUGAUGAGAGUCUACGGUGCACUGAUGUGGUCACUAGGGAAAAUAGUCAACACCCCUGAGGUGAUCCGGGUCUACAUUGGUUCGUUUUGGUCCCACCCUCUGUUGAUCCCUGACAACAGAAAGCUGUUUGAGGCGGAGGAGCAGGACUUAUUUAAGGACAUUCAGUCUUUACCAAGAAAUGCAGCGCUUAGAAAACUCAAUGAUCUGAUCAAGAGGGCAAGACUAGCCAAGGUUCAUGCCUACAUCAUCAGCUCACUGAAGAAAGAGAUGCCCUCUGUGUUCGGGAAGGAAAACAAGAAGAAAGAACUGAUCGGCAGUCUGGGAGAUAUCUAUAAACGUAUUGAAAGAGAGCAUCAGAUAUCACCUGGAGAUUUCCCAAAUUUGAAGAAGAUGCAGGACCAACUCCAGGCUCAGGAUCUCACCAAAUUCCAGCCUCUGAAACCCAAACUUCUGGAGGCAGUCGACGACAUGCUAGCCAACGACAUUGCUAGCUUAAUGGUCCUCGUCCGUCAAGAAGAAACACAGCGCCCUAACCCAGUUGUGAAGGGCGGUGCGUUCGAUGGCACUUUGGAUGGCCCGUUCGGCCACGGGUAUGGCGAGGGAGCCGGCGAAGGCAUCGACGAAGCUGAGUGGGUCGUUGCACGCGACAAGCCGGCUUAUGAUGAGAUUUUCUACACGUUAUCUCCUGUCAAUGGAAAAGUGACGGGAGCCAAUGCCAAGAAGGAGAUGGUGAAGUCAAAACUGCCCAAUACAGUGCUGGGAAAGAUCUGGAAGCUGGCAGAUAUCGAUAAGGAUGGGAUGCUGGAUGAUGAGGAGUUUGCGUUGGCCAAUCACCUGAUAAAAGUGAAACUGGAAGGACAUGAACUGCCAUCAGAGCUGCCUGCACACCUGGUUCCCCCAUCUAAGAGGAAAAUACCUGAGUAAAUGUAAGAUUACCCAAACUUCCUGCUGCAAAACCUGUAAGUAGACCCCACCACCACCCCAAGAGAAAAUCAUCCCUUUUCCUGUAGCAUUAUAGCAAAAAACCUAAAAAUGAAAAAUUAGGCCGCAUUUCACAAGCUUCCCUGUUGCUUCAUUCCCACAUCUGCAGUCUUUCCUUACAUUCAAGAGACAAAUAUUAGAAGAAACUAUUCAGUUAAAUUCAAAUAAUACUAAGUUAACUGAAGCUAAUCGACUGACUGCAAACCUUUGUGUGAUGGCAAAAACGUAUAAUAAGUACAAUUUUUUUGACAAAGAACUCUGUAGGAUUUGACGUGUCAACAGAGUGACAUUUUCUAGUGACAUUGGAUUUAAAUGAAACACUUCUGCAGUGCUGAAAUGACUUUUACCAAGGUAGAAAAAACUGGAUCUGGAUGAGUCCUCCAAUUAAAGUCAAGUCUUUAGACCAGUUUGCUUGUUUUUUAUUUGAAGGUGAGAUAUUGGGAGUUGUUAAGUAGGACAGGUGUUAGAGACGUUAGGACGACCGAUAUGGUGAUUAGUAAAGCAAAACAAAUUAAAAGUCUAAAACAAGAAACACUGGAAUACAGAAAAAUGUAAGUUGGUCUAAACUACUGGAAGAAAAUGGGAGAGGUGCAACAGUGUGAAGACAAAAAGAAGGAAGAAAGAACAUUUUGUUGGAAGGAUUAUUUUGGGAGAAAGGUAUAAAACUGUAAAUAAGCAGUUUAUACCCAUUAGAACUAUUAAUAUAUUAUUAUCUGUCAUCAGCACAGUUAACUCAUGUUUGACUGCAGUAUUUCACAUGACCACCAAAACAUUUAACAGCCCUUUUAUUUUGAGGUCCUGCAUUAUCUUUUGUCUCCUGGCACAGCUGAGUAUUCUGGCUUUAGUUUCAUGGUGAUAUAUUAAAGAUUUCCUGUCAAAUGGCUGGAAAAUACACAACAACAUACCAACGUGUAAAAGCACACACACAGAAAACGAACAUCAAUCUGGCUUUGGAUUUUGACAAUAACCUAGUGGUGCACCUCCAGUUAACACAAAAAGAAAAUGGUCUAAAUCAAUUACUAACUUUCUAAAAUUUAAAAUGUGAUCUGCUGAUGUUAGUCUUAGUGUGUGGGAUGGAGUUUAUGACAUUACCAUCAUGUAUUGUAGGAUGAUGACUUUGAGAGGACCUUUUGCAAUGGAGGAGGAAAUGUUUCUUGAACGGGAAACAAGUGGGGGAGAAACUAAGAAUGUUACGUGAAUUGUCUCUUCAAAUUGUUCUGAAUCUCAUUAACAUGUUUGAAGAUACUGUGACUAUAAUAUGAAACUAUACUGUGGGUAUCAUUUGGACACAUCAGUGUGCUGACAUUCUCAGUAUAAAUGUGUUGUAAGGACUUUGAAUCUUGAGUGUGCAGACGUUCAUGGUUCUGUGUGGGCACAUCCUGACUAUUCAAUGUAUGCAUAUGAACACAUGUAUCAGUGUUAUUAUUUUUUAUCGUUUAUGUAUUAAGUCUUAAGCAUUACACAGGCUACUGAUUUGGGGUUAUUCCAGUGGGUUAAUUGAAAACUGAUGAAUCAGUUAGUGUUCACUUACCUGACCAUGCAGUCCAGAGAGUGAACGCACAGCUUUUUGCUUAUUUUGUGAUGAUAUAACAAACACUAAUCGACACAAUUUUCAAAAUGUUCCUUUUU